AAGUGACGUCACGGUACAACGUGCACCUCCAUUUUGUAAACGAAAGGAUUUGAUUGUUUUGAUGUCAUUAACCAAAAAUCUGAUGGGGUAUACAUGAUGGACUGAAGAUGUGAGAGGAUAGAAGUAAAUGACAUUUGGACAUUGAAUGUAGUGGGAGUAUUACUCAUAGUGUCACAGUAGGACACAUACAGCAGGGGUCAGGUGGUCAGUAUUUGGUUAACGGUCAGUCAAUGGCCGACCAUGACAAGCCUUUUGUAUGUGAAGUGGAGGGAUGUGGAAUGCGUUUCACCAAUGAGGAUCGGCUGGCAGUCCACAAGCAGAAGCACCAGUUUGCCCUGACCCUGAACACCUCCACCAAGGAAAUCAAUAAGAUCUUAUUUGUUGAUCAAACACCGACACCAACCAAGUUCCUGAAGAAUUGCGAUGAAAUUGGUCUGUUCCAAGAACUCAAGGGAAAUCCCUUUGAUGAGUCUUUUAAGAAGGCCAUUGAUUAUGAGCCAGCAGUAUCAGAGAAUGCCCCUCUACCAGGCCCCAUGUCCAGUGUGGACACCCCGGUAUUACCAAAGAUGCUAAUGCCACUGGACAAUGGACUGCCCAGUGCUGCCACUUCACGCAAGAUAAGACAAUCCAAACUGACCCUUCCCUCAACUGAGGAUGACGAGGGAACAGCAACGAGUGGGGCAGACAGGGAGGAAGAGGAGGAGGUGGUCAGGGUCGUCUCCGACACUGAGGAAGUGUCCCAUGUGACUACAGCAGGUGGUUCCGGAAGAGAAGUGUCUGUCACAUCAACAGCCAAGAUCACAACACCCAGCACCCUUCAGUCAGUUUCACCCAAAACCAGAGGUGCAAAUAAACUAUCGCAGCAGUCCAUCGACGUUGACUUGAGCAUGGACAGUGAGUAUAACAGUGAGGAAGAGGACAUUGACCAAGCGCACAGCGUUGGCUUUCCCAUACAUAAUGUGGCAACACAGAAGUCCCCAAUGCCCUCUGCUGUGACCUCAUCAAAUGUGCCAGCACGGAGGUCAUCUGGAAGUGGCCCCACCCCGGUGGCAGCCGGUGGGACAGGUCAAGUGAGCAUGCCCAGUGUGGUGGAGGCGAUGUCUGUGGACCAGUCCCAGCAACAAGUUGUACUGGGGCAGCAGCCGCUGGGAGUCAUCAACAGCUCCAUGAGUGCAGCUCUGGGAACCCAGGUGACAACAAUGCAGGUAUUACUGCAACUCCCUGGGGGUCAUACCAUACCUGUGCAGAUCCCAGCAGCUAUAGGAAGUCCUACUGCUCAGGUGCCUUCAGUCAUUCCAGCCACUACUGUUACCACGGCAACCAAGCCACCAACAACACCAAAGUCCACAGUAACGGCCGCGGCAACUAGCACCUCAUCUCUAACCAAACAGAAAUUAAAACAAGCCCUGACUCAGAAUGUGGCUCAGGCCAACAUGAGGACAAUGUCAGAGGCUGUGGACAGGGUCACAUGUCAGGCCUCACCAGCGCCCUCUGUUAGCAGCAGUCUCAGCAGUCCUGGCAGUGUGGCACAGUCACCCAUGUUUCCUGAAGUACACACAACUUUUAUAAGUAAACGCUCAAGAUCUGCAUCCUCAGACGAGUCCCCUGAUGAGAAGAGGCGGAAGUUUUUGGAAAGGAACAGAGCUGCAGCGGCCAGGUGUAGGAAUAAGAGGAAGACUUACAUUGGGGAACUGGAGAAGAAAGCAGAAGAUUUAAUGUCUACUAAUGUCACACUUCAGGCCGAGUGUAGUCAGCUGCGGGGUGAAGUUGCCCACCUGAAAUCUCUCUUACUAGCACACAAAGACUGUCCUGUCACCCUACAGCAGGGACUGUCCUAUAAACUAGACUCAGAUGGUAAUCCUGUCCUGAAAACAGAGAUGACCCCUGCUAGUCAGGCGGGCAACCCCCAAACACAAACUGCAUCCUCCAGUAGAUCCAGUAUUGCACCGGCAAUCUCAAAAUCAUACAUCUCCCCUGUGAUUACCAGUGUAGUGAAGCCAAAGUCAGAGAAGAAAUGAAACCAGAAUUUGGACAAAAAGUGAACAAUAACUGUGCACUUAUUUAGGAAAAUGGUACCCAAGUUCUGUAACUUCAACACCUUAUUCUGUGACACAGUUUCAUGUUUGUUCUUUGAAGUUCCAGAACAAAUUAUAUUUUAUCAGAAAUAAGGUAAUCUAGUUAAACAGUUUUUUAACUUUAUCCCUGUUGAUUACUGGAAAAUAGCAGGUAACAUAGUGGAGUGAAUAUAAAUAUAUAAUUAUUUUUUCAGAAGUAUAUAUGGGUUGAGACAACCAAAUAUAUAUAAAUAUAAAAUUAUAUUGCCAACCCUGCAAAGAUUCCACACAUACAACUGACACAUUAUUAAUAUCCAAGAAUGAAUGUAAUAAAAGAGAGCCAAUUGUAAGAAUGGAUUAAGGGAGAUAAAGAAAAAAAUUAAACAAAGAUUAAACAAGUUAAUGAUACUAAGUACUCUUCAACUGUAUCUGAAAAAGAGCUUACCAAAAUGUUUGGUAUAGAAUGAAAUGUGUAAUAUGUGCUGUCUAACGGUGCUUUUUCACUUGUUAUCAUGCUAUAGGAGUUUAUGCUUAAAAAACAAGGUUUUUACUCUGCCAAAGGUUUAUUAGAUCUGAAUAUAUGUGAUCAGCUUUACUUGUUUCAGUAAGAAGAACAAUUUUAAGUGAAAACCCAUUUUAUGAGUGUUUAUAAUAAGACAAAUUUGGUGAAAUAGUUGGAAAAAACCUUUUGUUAGGCACUGAACUUGGUGAUAGUUGACUUAUUGAAUGGUUUUCACUUCAGUGUUUCAAUAUUUCCUGUUUUUUAAGAUAUGUUUAAAGUAGACUGUUCACACACCAAUUAAGAAGAAACUUGAAAUAUGAUUCAACUUUCAUUUUGACUUUUUUUGCAUUUGCUAGUAGUUCAUGGAAGCUUUGUUACAUUGCACUGUGAGGGUUCUUAAAACUGAUCCACAAACUGUCAAGAAAUAUAUAUCAGUCAUGUUGUUAAACUUACAAAUAGAAACUUGGUCAAUGAUGAGUUCCUUAGCUUGGUCAAUGAUGCCCACCUCCAUGUUAUGACAGGAGUAGGAUAUUCACUCUAGUAGCUGUGAAGCUGUAAAAAUGGAACAAACCAGACAUUUUAUUAUUUUAAAAUUGUGAAUAUAUGUGUAACGUUUUAAAUUAUUAACUAGUGCAUUAACUUUUUAAGACUGUAAUGCAGAAGUUUCUCUUUUAUGUUUUCAAAAUAUUUAUUUUCAUGCAUAUGCUGAUACCCCCCUUGUCCUGUUGUGGAAAUAGGAGCGCCUUCAGAACAGGUGAUCCAGGUACUUACUGUUCUGUCAACUAAAAUUGGCCGACCCCACUUAAAAAGCGAUGCCACUAAUUCUUUGAUGGUCUCCCUGCCUCCACACACACCAUUGCUGCAGGGGCCUUGCAAUAAAAAUUCAGAGUGGAGAUUGAAUCUGCUAAAUGGCAAAUUGGGAUUAUCAGCAUUGCUUUUUAUGUGUAGUCGGCCAUAGUUAUGCAGCAGAUCAGUUCGUCUGCAAAUCAUCUGCUCUUAAUGCUCUCUAAGGCAAUACAAAAACUUGAUGUCACAAAGGUAUGUUGGCACCAAAAAGAGAUGUUUAUUCUAGAACACUGAACAUAUUGUUCUGAAAUAGAAGAAGUGAAGUUUGAA